AUGAGAGUGAGAAGAGAAAGAGAAAGAGAAAGAGAGAGAGAGUGUCGUACAUCGGAAGACUCAGUGAGUUCACUGUCUCUCUGACUUUGAUGCAUGAAGAUGCAGGUGGAAGAAGACGGUGAAAACUAAAAAAAAAAAUAAAAAAUUAUCAAGUGUAAAGAGAAGAAUGUGAAGAGGGUUACGUAAGUGUAAACAAAACGUUUGAUCUUUGCCGCUGAUGUUCAUCUCUACAGGUUUCAGCAUUUGGGUUUCCCUCAGAUUAAAUAAAACUUUUUGAAUUUGAUGCAGAAAGGAAAUGAUGGUUUCUUCCUUUUGAGAGGAAUGGGGUACUACUACUAGGAUAAUGCGGAAGAAGGGAAAGGCUCAUAUUUGGAAGACUUUUAAUCUCAUGGCUGAUUCUUCUUCCAAUUUCUCUUUACCAUGUGAUGCAUUAAGACAAAUGAGUUUCUCAAAUUUCAAUACCUUUGGUUCUAGGUUGGGGUUUGGUGCUAAAGGGUUGCCAGAUUCUGAAUCUGUUUGGAGCCCUACAUCUCCUCUUGACUGCAGACUCUUCUCAAAUCUUAGCAGCCCUUUUAGUAUCAAGUCUUGUAGACCAUCAUUUCAAACUGGUCAUAAGAAACAGUUUGAUGACAGUAAAGUAGGCCUUGGCAUCAUAAGUUCCAUGAUUAAUGAAACCAAACAUAACAAUGACAUCCUUGGUAAAUUUCAGAGGAAAAGUAUCAUUUUUGGACCACAGGUGAAAACUGGCAUCCUUAAAUUUUCAAACAACCAUGAAUUCUUUGCACCUUAUUUGAAAUCUAAAUCCUUGCCCAAAAACUAUGUAAUUUCACUUCCUUCUGAAACCAAAACUCCCAAAUCUGAACUGCAAGACUUUGACAAUGUCUCUGGAAAGAAAAUGGACAACUGGGAAUCUAAAGCUUUCUAUGGAACCAUGAUUUCUGUGCCUGGUUCCUUUAGGCCUUCAUCAUUAAUCAACAGAAAUGAAAACUCCAAUUUGGGAAUGAAUGAAUCUACAUUAACCAGUUUGCCUUCUGUGACAAGCAGAAACUCACAGGUAGAUAAGUCUUCGAAUAUUAAAUCAAAUUCUCUUCCAAUAUCCAUUGAUUUUAGUAAAGGGUGUCUAGGCUCGCUCUCUGCAAGAGAGAUAGAGCUUUCUGAGGAUUAUACCUGUAUAAUUUCUCAUGGUCCAAACCCUAAGAGAACACAUAUUUUUGGUGACUGCGUUUUGGAAUGUGACAACAAUGACUUCACUGAGUUCAGCAUGAAGGAAGAACCUGCUUUCAGAGCUUCUCAAGUUCCUACAUUUUCAGAAGGAUCAUCCCCUUACCAUUCUGACAAUGUUUUCAGCUUUUGUUACUCAUGUAAUAAGAAAUUAGUGAGGGAGGAAGAAAUCUACAGAUACAGGGGUGGGAAAGCAUUUUGCAGUUUUGAGUGUGGAUCAGAGGAAAUUUUGGUAAGGGAGGAAUUGGAGAAAGCUGGGACUGACUCGGCAGAGAGUUCUCCUGGCUCAAGCCACCAUGAUCUCUUCCUCACGGGUCUGCUUUUGUCCAAAUAACACUCUUUACUUUCAUGAGAGACACUGAAUAAUUUUGAUUUUUAUAUACAAAACAUAUCUACCUAUGUGGAUUUGUUUGUGCUAUGCAUGGUUGCAAUGCAAAUUAUAGUGUGGUGGUGUUCAAGAACCAUAUUUCAUGGUUCAGUGAGUUAUUUCUAGGAAAGGCAGAGUUUUCUUCAUUCUGGUAACUCUUGAACAUGAUGUGUAUGCAUUGUAAUGUUCAGUGGAUGAUGAGUUGAUGAAAGAGGCCACAGCAGGCCCUGCUUCUCAUCAAUUUUUUUA